UUAGCUUGUCAUCUAGAGUCUUCUGGCGCUAAUUCGUAACUGGCUAAAGCCAUGACACUUAUGAGAAAGGGAUUGCAGUGACCACAUUUGACCACAGGAUGUCAUUCUUUCCUCAUUUAUACAUAAUGCACCUUUAAUGUCUAAAUACAUUUAGAUCUGCAGUAACAUACCAUAAAUGCAUGUGUUCAGGAUGUAAGUGUUUAUGUCAUUUCUUGACUCAACUGGUUUGUCUGAGCUGUCACAAUGGACCCUUGCAGAUCUUGAUGCAUCAAUUUAUUACGUAUUUACAUCCACAAAAUCAUAACCCAGUGUCUGUUAGAUGAAAAGUCUGCAAAGGGGUAAAUCUCGUCAGACAUUGGCUCCAUGAACACAAAUAUUCUAGAAUCCAGAGAUCUCUGCAGAGGACUGGAAUUGUUUUUGUGCAAAAACAAUGAGCUCAUAACUGUAUUGAAAUGUUUGCAAAUGUACAGACUCUCUCUCUCUCUGUGUGUGUGUGUGUGUGUGUGUGUGUGUGUGUGUGUGUGUGUGUGUGUGUGUGUGUGUGUGUGUGUGUGUGUAUUUGUAGUACACCCUGUCAAAAUGGAGUAGACCUCAUUGUCACAUCGUGGUGGAUGCAGUCUGACAGGCUGUCAGCAGCACUACCUCGUCUUCUUCUCCUCUCUCCUUUUAGACCCGGUAAUGUUGUGAUCGGAUCAGAUCUCCUCUCUUCUACAAACAAAACAAUAAUCAACAUUCAGUCAGAAAAGUUCAGUUCAAAACUUUUUAUAUGACAGCAUAAUAACUGACAGCUGGCCUGGCUUUAGAUGUCGGAGUAAAAUAUUUCAUUCACACAGUAGUUAAAAUGGGUCAUGUGAUGCAUUCAGGAACAGUAAAAGAAGUUUGGAAAUAACUGGAUCAUUCAAGAAAAGCACUCGUUUCUCCCGAAGAAUCAAAAUGAAUGAAAACAAACUGUGAGCUGUUUCGUGUUUUCAGGGUAAUUGGAGAAAAUCCCUAAUUAAUUAAAAUUUCCACACCCAAAAAGUUUGUAUUAGCUAAAUAUAAACGUGUUAAAUUAGUUUUGAAGACAACGUGUUUAUUCAUGCCUGCAGGGUUUUGUACUGGAUGACUCACAUCCAGCAGGCUCAGCUCUGGGUGUAAAGUUCAAGCCUCACAGACAUGACACCUGUGUUUCUCAGGUGACGGCUCUACUGAGCAUGCUCAGGAAGCAGCCAGGUAACCUAAGCUUGACACACUGAUACACAGUGGAGUGCUGUAGCAACCAUGAAGCUCAGCUAACAGCGCUGACCAUCCCAGACAGCAUGAGAGGAUCAACAGAGGAGAAACUUGGGGUUUUAUUUAAAAGACUAAACCAACCUCAGAAGUGAUGCUAAAGAAGCUGUUUCAGGUUACAGCUCCAUGGAGGACAUGCCUCUUCUUCAACACCAUCGUCAUCAUCAUGUUACUUCCAUGGUAACACAACAUGACCUGUAUUUGGCUGAUGCUCCUGCUGCCAGUUGUUACAGUCCAGCGUGUGUCUCCUGUCCCUUCCUGUCCUGCUUCCUGUGUGCUUUGUUCUGAGGACGCAAUCAUCUGUCAGAGGCUGGCUCACUUUAUUGAUGCUGCACGGUCGACCCAGGCUCUGCUGCUGCUGGAGGGCUCCAUCUCUGCGGUCCAACCUGCUUCGUUCUCAAACCUCACAAACAUCACAGUUUUAGGUCUGAGUGAUAACCAGAUCUCAGAGCUCAGUGGAGAGGCCUUCAGACACCUACCCUUCCUUCAGACGUUACUUCUGGACCACAACUUCCUGACCAGCCAGACGUUACAGGGUGGAGCUCUGACCAAUCUCACCCACCUGGAGGUUCUCACCCUGGGCCACAACCUCAUCACCAUGGUGCGGGCUAGUUGGUUUAGAGGCAUGAAGGCUUUACUGAGUCUAAAGCUCGAGGGAAACCUGCUCACCACACUGGACUCUGGAUCCUUUCCUCUGAAUGACUUCAGGUAUCUGGAGAGUCUGGAUUUGUCAGAUAAUUUGCUUCAACAACUUGACAGAUUCAGUUUCAGAGGCCUGAUGAGCUUGAAGACUCUGGAUCUCUCCAGGAACCGUCUGCAUUCUGCACCCGCUGAGGCAUUUUCCUACCUCGCCUGGUUGACAAACCUCAACUUGGACCUGAACUUGUGGAACUGCUCCUGUGAGCUGGUGGAUCUGGCAUCUGUCCUCUCCAGCUUCAUUCAACAACCAGACAAGAGCCUCUAUAAUGGCCGCCGGAUGGUGUGUGUGAGCACCGACAACCCGGCCGUGACCACGGUUCUGGAGCUGACCGAGGCCAACUGUGUCCCCUCCAAUCAGAAUAUCACGUUGAAGAUCGAGACAAAAGGUGGUGUGACACCUCAAGAGUACGCUCGAAAUCUGGCCAUUACCGCGGUGAUCUGCUUCAUUGGCGGUGUUGGUUUGACCCUUCUAGUAGUCCUGAUUUACCACCAAGUGUCUCAGAGGAAAGCUGUCAAAGAAAUAUGUAGACUUGAAGAGGAAGAAGAUCAAAGCAGCCCUGCGGCUAACCACUCCUAUCAUCUGGACGCUGCGGAGAGGACCAGGGACGCUCUGUUUUACGCCGACAGCAGCGAGCUGUGGAACAAAGACUCCUCGACGUUGGACGGAAGAACGGAUCGUCGUGUUGGACGUUCACAGAGCAGGACCAAUGGACAGAUUCCAGUGAGGAAGGACAACUGGAUGAACGGGGGAAUUAGAGCUGAGGAGGACAAGGAGAGGAGGAGAGUUAAGAAGAUGAUGAUGGACGAAGAGAGGAGUCGGACAGCUGUCCAUCAACAGAACUCAAUCAGGGAUGUUCUGAAUACACACAACACCAGCUCUUCUUCUCAUCCACUCAGAGAGACGACAGAAACCUGGCCAUCCCAUAGAGCUGACAGGAACAUGGACAACCACAGGACUGACAUGGAUGAAAACAUCAGAGGUAAUGAGAACUUCUUCUGCAAAAGCUGCCUCAGGAUGUCCAAAGUACCAGAGCAGGAUGAGGUUCAGGCUCUGAACGGCAGAGGAAGGAACAGACAGUUUGAAACGGUAACAAACACAGAGUUCAAAAGAGACUCGAGAAAUGUGAAGUUUGAUCUUCAGAGUCUGAAGACCAGACAGGAGGAGGGAAGCCUGCAGGACGAGGCUGCAGCUCUCGGGCACAAAGCCCAACCCAGCCGCUCGCUCAAGGUCAAACUCAACCUCAACCCUCUCAGAAAAACCAAGGUUCAUCCCGGGAGGAGAAGCAAGCUCUCAGAAAACGAGAGCCCCAAGAGAAGAAAACAGAAAAAACGCCACGGAAAAGACAGAGAAGAGGUGGACGGAGAGGAGAAACGUGAGAGGAAAUUAAAGCGUAGCAGAGAGAAAGGGAGGCAAUCCUCCAACAAUGGAAGGGAGGAGGAGGAGAUGAAACAACAGGAAGGAGGGAAAAGAAAGGAUGCCAAGAUGAAAAAAGCAGCUUCACAGGAUGAGAGAGAAGGCCAGCAAGGUUCUGAAGGAAAACCGAAGGAGAACCAGAACCCAGAGGGCUUCACACCUGUGACACAAGGUCUGCAGGUACCAGUUCAGUACCAGACGGCUGGACUGGGACGGGGCGGCGCUCAGACCUUCCCCUUCUUUCCUGCAGACAGGAACUUCUCCUUGCUGGGAUCAGCUGGCUCACAGCUAACCGGCAACAGUCUUUCUCUUCAGGGAGGGAGUGCUCUUCCCUUCACAUCAGGACCACCUAACAUACUACUACCUGGUGCUAAUCCUCCUGGUGCAGGCCUCAGUGGGUCCAACGCGACCCCAAGAGCUUCCACUGAGGGCUUCGGCAGACCAGCCACGUCUUCAGUGCCUCUCCUCACGUCACAAGAACUCAGCCUGAGUUUAGCGAACCCAGCUGCUAGUCCAGCCCUCUUGUCUCAGAACCAGCUUCCUUCUGAAAGCUCUGCUCCUGGGAUUUUCCUGAAGCCCGAUCCAGCAGGUCAAAGUUCACAGACGGGAGAAGGACUACUUCAGCCUCGAACAGCUCCAGUCACAGACAGCAUCCCUGACCGAGGUCAGGAUGUGUCUGGAGCUCCUUCACAGGUUUCUGAACAGGAGACAACAGUGGACAACAUGUCAAACGGUCAAACAGAGACCAGAGCUGUCCCUGCUGGCUCCACCGCCAACCUGCCACCUGGUGCUGCACCUUUACCUGAAGGUGCAGCAGCAGGUGUGGACGUCUCAGCCUUAGAGAGCGACUCUCCUCCAGAAGCUGCAGCCGGGGCUCUCCUGCAUCAGGAGCUCCUGUCGGAGGAGGGAGGUUCGUCUCCGAGGAGGAGGCUGAAGCUGAUUAUCCCCGAAAAGACAUCCAGCCGCCCCCCCACUGCACUGGAGAGGAAAAUACGCUAGCUGCUCCCAUCCAGACGUGGAUAAAAGUUUUAUUAAACAGUCGAAGACUAAACGCCUUAUUUUUAACAGUAUUUGACAAAAUGGUCUUAACUUGUACUUUUGUAGCUUUGCUUGAUUAUUUUUUAUUUACUCAUGAACUCAUUUAAGCUGAAAAAAAAGCUCAAAUAUUCUGGGUGUGAGUUUCUUAGACCGAUAAACUUUUCUAGUCUAAGCUUCAUCUGAACAGCUUCAUCAACCUUUUAAAAUUUUGUCUGACUAGAACGUAGGGCUGGAUGAUAUAGAUAAAAAAAUCAUGUUGAUUGAUAUAAAUAAUUAUAAAGAAAUGUAGAAAAUGUAUUUCAAGUGCGGCCCUGGUCAUUUUGUGUCAUUACUUAGUGAUAAAACAAGGUGGCUGGGGUACCAGACUGCUGGUGAACAACUGCAACCUGUAAACGGGACUAUUUCCUCCACCUCUUGCUGUCUGCUUUGGGGCUUGGUGACGGAGCGUGCCUGGGUCUGUGUUUUUGAUCGGUUGGGAGUAAGUAUUGACUCAAGUAUUAAGAUACCUACAACAGAAAAAAGAAAUAAAACCUUUUU